AUGGCGGUCCCUGUGCUGGGCGCCCUCCUGCUGGUGCUGCUGGUGCUGCUGGGCGGCCUCUGCCUGGGCAGGUGGCUCCUGUACAUACUAAUUACAAACUGGUGCCGGCGGCGUCUCCAGGCCGAGCUGAAGAUCCAGUCGUUCUGGGUUUGGGGGAUCCAGAAUCUCAGCUUGAAGUUUCAAGAAGAGCAGCAGACGGUGGAGAUUGACAGCAUCUGGAUCUCCAGCAGGCUCCUGAACAAUGACGUGCCGCGCUACCUGGCCUUGUGUUUUGGGGAGGUGCGCAUCCGGCUGGAUCUUCAGAAGCCCCCCGACCCGCAGCCGCCCCCCGCCCCCCUGCCCCCCACCCCGGCCGACGGGGCCCCGGACGAGGCGGUCUCCCUGGGGCCCUCGCUGCUGCAGCUGCUCAGCCAGCACAUCCAGCGGGCCCCCCACCCCCCAAACAUGCACGUCUGGGGAGAAGCUUUCAUCCUGGACUCCUUCAACCUGCAGGGCAGCUACAACCAGCCGCUGGGAACUUCCAGCACCCACGCGGACACCCUCUUCCUGGACUGCACCCUGCGCGGGCUGCAGCUAGAGUCCUCAGACGCCUGCGCUGACUGCCUCUCCCGGUUCCUGCUGCUCUUGCGGCCUGAGGACCCCAGCCCCCAGGACCGCCUGGAGGAGCUGCCCCCCGCCCUGGGGGAGGAAUUUGGGGUGCUUUGGAAAGUGGACCUGAAGGUGGAGGACGUGAACCUUUUUACGCUGUCCAGCUUGGCAGGGGCCACAGAGCUUCGGGUGGACACCCUGACCACGCUGGGCAGUGCCGAGAGCUGCACCAUCAGCAUCCAGGGGGUGGCGCUGUCCCUGGUGAAGACCCUGGCGGAGAAGAUGCAGCCCUGCUGCAAGGCCCCCACCAUCCCCAGCCCCGUGGCCGGCCUGGCCGCCCUCUCCCUCACCUACCGCAGCAGCAUCCGCUCACUGGAGGUGCAAUGUGGAGAUAGCCUGACGCUGCUCUGGAGCCCAGCCACCCACAUGUAUCUGUUCGAGCACCUCUUGGCUACCCGACGCUGCUACGAGACGCUGCAGAGCUUGCUGUCACCCCCAAAACGCACCUCCGCUGCCCUUCCCCAGCAGGGCCCCGAAGGCCAGAUCCCUGCCCAGGAUGGGGCUCCCUUCCCCGAGGGCCCGGCCCCCAGGAGGCUGCUGGGGCUGACCCUGGAGUUCAGCUGUCUGAAGUUGACCGCUUUCGUGUCGGAGAAACGUUACUUGAGCCUGGCGGCCGAGCGGCUUUUACUCAACCGACACGGCACGUCCGUCCACGCCUACUGCCCCGGACUGGUGGCCGGCUUUGACGGCAACAGCAUCCUGGUCUUGAAGGAGGUGGAGCUGCAGGCCCUGCCAGAGCUGGAGGAGAUGAUCCUGCACCGCGGCCCCUUCCCCAACCUCUGCACUUUGCGCAACCGCGUCUGGGCCCUCUCCUGCGCCGCCGUGGCAGUGGAGUUCCCGUACCAGUACGACUUCUCGGCUACGUUGGACGAGGCGCUGGGCGUGCAGAAGUGGCUGAAGGGACUCCACGGGCGGAAGGCCGCCAGCGGGGCCCCGGCCCAGCCCUUGCCGCCCGACCUUCUGCUCAAGGUCCAGCACUUCUCCUGGGUCUUCCUGGACGACGUCUUUGAGGUGAAGCUGCGCGACAACUACGAGCUGAUGAAGGACGAGAGCAAGGAGAGCGCCAAGCGGCUGCAGCUGCUGGACGCCAAGGUGGCCGCCCUGCGCAAGCAGCACGGGGAGCUACUGCCCGCCCGGAAGAUUGAGGAGCUCUACGCCUCCCUGGAGAAGAAGAACAUCGAGAUCUACCUGCAGCGCUCCCACCGGCUCUACGCCAACACCCCCAUGCGCAAGGCACUGAUCACCUGGACCAUGUCCAGCCUGGAGCUGGUGGCGCUGGCCGACGAGUCGUUCUCUGGGGCCGAGCGGGUGCUGCAACAGAUCCGGGACAUGGAUGCCGCCAGCCCCUUCCCCCCCGAGGGCCUGGAGCUCCUCACCUACUGGUGCCGCAUGGUCAAGGGCAGCGUCAAGACCUACUUCGUGCGGAUCCGGGAUUACCCACGCUAUUUGUUUGAGAUACGGGACUGGAGACUGUCGGGCCGGCUGGCCGGCGCGGAGACCCCUGGACAGCCCUGCUCUCGCCGGCGGCAAAAGCUGGAACUGGGGGCCCCGUGGGGCCCGGUGUCCGUGGAGAGGAACAUGCCCCCUUUGAAGUUCUACCACGACUUCUGCUCCGAGGUCUACCAGUUUACCAUCGUGUGGGGGCCGUGCUGGGACCCCGCCUGGACCCUGAUCGGCCAGGCCAUCGACCUGCUCACCAAGCCUUCGGAAGACCCCAGCCCGCCCCUGCCCUGGUGGGACAAGAGCCGCCUCCUCCUGCACGGAGACUGGCACAUGGAUAUCGAGCAGGCCAGCCUCCACCAGGUGGCCACGGAGGACCCCUACAACACCACGGAGAACCUGCACUGGGAGUGGAGCCACCUGGCCUUCCACUGGCGGCCGGGCCAGUUCGUCUUCAAGGGGGACCUGGACGUCAACGUCCGGACGGCGUCCAA